UUUUGGCCUCAUAGACGUUCCGUAGUGUCCCAGUUUUCAGCCUUAUUUAAAGGCUGCUGAAGUUUGUUUGUUCUUGGACUGGUGUCCUCCUUCACCACGACGACGAAAGUCCUCUAAGUGACGAGAUGGAGUGAAACCCUACUGCUGGAAGGUGUGCAGCUAAAGAGGGCGCCAUGCUCCGCUGCAGGAAAUGUCGAAAAGGGGUCAUAGAUGCAGCAUGUUUGUCAACGCAGGUUCAGGAGUCGGAUGAAAGCUCAGCUGCUGUUUGCAGUAUUUGGCAUGUGAACGUGGACACGUUGCCAGACUGGAUCCUGACCUCAGUUCACCAGGCCCAGUGGACUGUAGGAAAACUAAACUGCCAGAACUGUGGCGCUCGUCUCGGCGGCUUCAACUUCAUCCACCGCAGCGAGUGUCCGUGUGGCCGCGACGCCGCCGUCCACCUCAGCAAGAGCCGAGUGGAUCACGACCACAAGCACUACGUCCUCAUCGUGCAGCCGAGGAGGACGAGGCCCGAGAGGCUUCAGGCCGGCGGUCUGUUAACGGAAACCUCUCUGGACCGAGAGGAGAGGCCUGAAUUCAGCAGAACUGCUCUGGACGGUCUGCAGCUGAACUGUGCUGCCGUCAUGUCUCACAUCGGCCCUGCAGAGGCUUCAGAUCCACUUCCUGAUGCUGCUGAAAACACGCCGUCGUUCUCCUUCAGCCCUCUGUACUGCAUCUCCCACAGGAGGAGGUACAGCGUGGAGGACGACGGCGGCGUUGGCUUCAGGUCGUCGUGUUUCUGCCCCGCAGGUCGUCCAGAUGUGUCCGCCGCUGAUCUGAUGAGGUCGAGGACAGACGAGUCGACUCGGUCUUUUCUAGCACAUCCCACCAGUCAGCAGUUCGACUCGGACGGCGAAGCUUCAUUGAACGUCGUCCCCCGUCGUUCUCCUGCUUCUGGAGCUCCUCGGUCACCUCUGCAUCAGCAAACUGAGGAGGAGGCAGCAACAUUUGUCCAGGAGGAGAUUCCAGAUUCAGCUUUGUUCCUCAGAGGGCGAUCCAUUUCUGACAGCGUAGCCGAGCAGGAAGAGGAAGAAGAAGAAGAAGUGCCUCCAACAUCUGCAGGUUCUCCAGCCUCCAACCGACGGAGCAAAAGAGAGAAGAACCGACUGAAGAGUCUGAGGAGGAAACAGAGGAGGAGAGAGAGAUGGCUGCACAGUCAGCUGGAGCAGGCUGAGAUGGUGAGCGGUUCUGUGCUGGACAGCGAGGAGGAGGACCGGGAAGGCCUCACCUGCGCCGUUUGUCUGGACGUCUACUUCAGUCCGUACAGCUGUCAGCCCUGCAGCCACGUUUUCUGCGAGCCGUGUCUCCGGACGCUCGCCAAGAACCGACCGGCCAACACGCCGUGCCCGCUGUGCCGGACCCUCAUCUCACACACCAGCUUCCACAGCGAGCUCAACCACACAGCAAAGACCUUCUUUCCCAAAGUCUACUUCGCCCGCAAGCAGAACUUCCAGAACGCCUCGUGUGCCAAAUGGCCGCUGCCCAGCUUCAAAAAGCGCUUCCAUUCCUUCUGGGGAUACGAGCGUCAGGCGCCGCUGAUGGUAGGCCGACGUUUUCACAUGGUUCACGGAGGUUUCGCUCUGGAGGGUCUGGGCUUCACCGACAUGCGAGGUUGGCUCUUCGACAUCGGCCUGGUCAUCGUCUACAUCCACUCACUCAACUGGAUCCUGGCCUCCCUCCUGUUCUGUUUCCUCAUGUACUACUUUUUCAUUUGAGACGCUGCAGGUUUGUCUGUCUGCUCUUUCUUUGAAGAGGGUAGGUAUUUUCUGGUUUUAACGUUGGAGUGACACGCCGGAUGUUUUGUGUCUCAUUUCAGAGUUGGUUAUCUCAGAAAAAGCAGCGUAGGUAGAGUCAGGAAUCAGUCUGCAGGUUUGAAAUUUGCACAAAUGAUUGUGAGCCGUUUACAAUGUGGACUUUAAAAAUACGAAUUUAAAUGGAGCUUCUUUUGUUGCUUGUGUUAGUUUCUGAUGUUUUAAGUGCAAUAAUACACUCUGAAGUGUCCGGAUGGCCACGUAAAGGCCCUAAAAUCUGAAGUAGAGCGGAAUUUCUUCUGUUAAACGUGGUGUUUAAUUCUAAUGUAUUGUGUUUUUGUCCAAUCACGUGGAUGUCUGUUCGUUCUGUGUGUGUGGUGAAAAGAAAAAUCCAGUGUUUGUGCACAGCUUUGGCUCUGUACGACAAACAACUACUAAAUACACCAACUACUAAGUGUACAGGUAAAAAAACAAUGAGCAAAGUGUUAAUUAUUGAGCCUUAAGGUGUAUUUUUUGACUUGAGACGGAGCCAGUUAGCUGUUUGGAGCUAAUAGGUUAACCAUGCUACAUCUUUUUGCUUUAGUCUUGCUCUUUUUCUAAAAGCACAUUAAGAUUAUUUCUUGAAAAUGUUCUUUUCAAAACUCUCUCAGAGCACAUCUAGUUAAUGAUGGAGCAAUUAACAUCUUUAAAAGUGUUAAAGUUUAAUGACUUCUCAAGCUCUUUUAAUGGCCUCAAGUGUCAUUUGAGAAGGUUGAUGUUGGGUUUUGUUCAGACUGCAGGCUAAAUAGAUUUGCUUCUAAUAUCAGGGUUCUUCUGUCUGAUUUGCUUGAAAUGUUUUUGUCAAAAACUCUGGAUAUUUAUAAAGGUAUCUGUGAAAUUUUAGCUUCACAUAUCAACUACUUUACAGCUGCACGUUGACCCACUUUUAGCUGUUUGAACCGCAAUAUCUCAGGAACUAUUAAAGAUAAAAGCCUGACAUCUCCACUCUUCUUUUUCAUCACCUCAUUGAUUCAGAAUCUGUAAAAUCUGACAUUAGGUUAAAUCAUCUGUGAUUAUGGGUGGGUUGAAAUACAAGAAACAUUUGAAGCUGUCAUGAAGAGCUCCAUCUUUGAACUCAAAUUAACAAAAAAACCUGUUAAUCCAGAAGUCAACUGGAGAUAUUUUCUGAACCACAUGUAGCUGCACGUCACAAUAAUACAAAACUAAACAUGUAAAAUCAUUUAAAUAUGACAACAAAAAUAUGGCUUGAUAACCUAAUUUAGGUACGACAGACUUUCCAAGUGGGUCUCCAAGUAUAAUUAAGAAAAUGUAUUUUUUAUUGUGGUUCAGAAAACAUUAGUCGUUGACGUUUGCAUUAUUAAUUAAAAAAAUAAAUAUUCCCCAAUAAUCAGAGAUAAUUUGAUCUACUUGUCUGAUAUUACAGAUUCUGAAUCAAUGACAUGAUGAGAAACAACAGUUGACAUUUCAGGUUUUUGUCUUUAAUAGUUCCUCUGAAAUUGUGCAGACUAGACGCUGAUUUAACUCGACACCAAACCCUGUCUGUCAUAAAAAACAUCCCCACAGUGAAGCACGGCGGUGGCAGUACCAUCAUAUGGGGAUCCUUUACAACUGGAAAGUAUUAGCUUCUGAAUUAAUGACAUGAUGGAGAAAUAGCAGUAAAAGUUUCAGGGUUUUAUCUUUAAUAGUUCCUCAGAUAUUGUGUAGACCGGACACCAAACACCGUAUUUCAUAAUAACCCCACAGUGAAGCACGGCGGUGGCAGUAUCAUCAUGUGGGGAUCCUUCUGGGCUUUGCAGUAUUAUAGAUUCUGAAUUAAUGACAUGAUGAGAAAUGCUAGUGAAAAUUUCAGGGUUUUCUUUUUAGUAAUUCCUCAGAUAUUGUUGUACAGACGUCCUGAAAUUGAAUUUUUGUGUGAAAAAAUGUGCUGAAAAUGGGUCAACGGGUGAGUUUUACUAUCAAGUAUUUGACAUAUGAAGCUAAAAAUCUACAAAUCUGAGAUGGUCGAGUAGAAAUUGUUCUCAAAAUGUGAUGAUUUAAGGCAGAAAGGUUUAUUUCUACUUCUCUUCUAACAGUGGUAACAUGGAUUCUCUUCAACACUUGUGCGCAAAACUCAUUGAAAUCAGAUGUGGGCAUUUGGAUGGAGAUGCAGCUGAAGAAAUCGAAUUGGAAUCUUAUUUUCAAUCCACCUCCAAAAGCAGUUUGGUUUGUUUUUACUGUCCGGACUCUGUGGAAUCAAACCAGAAUCUCUAAAAAGCUGCUGCAUCGUUCUGAAUAAGACUGUAGAGUUUGGAAAAGCAAAGUUUAAGGAGUUGUCCAAAUGAGAAGUUACUGUUUGUUUCUACUCAGAUGUGUUGUUUUAUUUACAGACAACAGCAGCAGCAGUGAUUUAUUAAUAUAAUCGACCAGCAGAGAUACUCCUUUAAACGCGGUGCCUUUGCGUAUCUCGUGCCUUGUUUACGGUAAUUUAACUGGAAUUCAUUUAGAUCUCAGGCACCGAAUCACUGACAGCCAAGAAAUUUAGCUUUUAAUCAACAAUUCUUUAAUUUUUAUGGAAGAGAAAAUGCUUUUAAAAAAUACAACUGUCUUACUAACAUUACACAAUUUGAGCUGUCUGAACAGAUUUAGCUUUUUUUUUUUAAAAAGUAAACUGGACAGCAGGAACAAAUCAUCUCUUUCUGUUUGUCUUGAACCUUUUUUUACGUUUUUUUUGGCUUCAUGUUUUUAAGUUUUGUUUUGCUUGAUGUCUCAGAGUGAAAAGUAAAAAGAGAUCAGGUCAGAAUUCAGUGUUGAAAAUGGAUUAUGAAUGAAAACAUAAAUAUAAAAGUUUAUUUUAAAAACAA